AUGUCUUGGCUCGAUAACAUGAUGCGCGACAUGAUCAAUGCGCCUGCGCGGCACAUCUGGGUACACCACGGACUUCCUCCUGACGACACGGAGCGGUUGCACCUCAGCAAUAACCCAGAGCCUUCUCUCGACUCGUGUUUCAAACUUGGUACAGCGGCACAGACUUCGGUUGGCCUGUCGGCGCUCGCCGCGUCACGCUUCCACGCUUUGAGGACGGACAUCGAAGGCAGCGUACGGGUGGACAGUCGGCACGCCCUGAUCGAGUUCGCCGGUGAACGCUACUAUACCAUCGAUGGCCAGCUUCCCGAGAUGUUUGAGGACGACGAGUUGACGGACCAGUAUGUGACAAAGGACGGCGGCAUGGUGCGAUUGAACAUGAACUUUCCGCAUCAUAAGGAAGGCUUGCUCAAGAUUCUGGGCUGCGAGGCGGACAAGGCUACGAUCACUGCCGUUAUGGCGGAACAGGACUCGUCGGAGUUCAUCGACAAGGUCAUGAAGGCCGAGCUCGUUGCGACCGACUUGCACUCUUUCGACACCAUCGAUGCGACAUCACACGGAAGGAGUACCGUCAACAUCUCACCGGUCAGCAUCACCAAGAUCGGAGAGGCACCUCGUCGCUCUAUCGAAGGUGUUGGGGAGCCCGAGUACGCGCUCGAAGGCAUUCGAGUCCUCGACCUCACCCGCAUUAUCGCCGGCCCAGUGGCCGCGCGUACGUUGGCCGCACACGGGGCGGACGUUCUGCACGUCUCCGCCCCUCAUCUUCCUGCCGUUCCUAAGUUCGACGUUGAGACCACGAGGUGUAAACGGACGACUCAGCUUGACCUGAACAAGCCCGAGGAGAAGGCGACACUCGAAGAGCUUGUGAAGGACGCUGAUGUGUUCUUGCAGUCAUACGCGCCGAAAGCACUGGAGAAGCGUGGGUUUGGGGCCAAGGCCGUUGCGGAGAUGCGCCCCGGCAUUGUGUACGCGAGUUUGACAGCGCUAGCUCAUACUGCGGUGUACUGGGACCGGCGAGCGUACAACUUCUGCGUGGAGAUGCUUGAGGGGUUGCAAGUCCAAGAAGCCGAGACGUAUAAAGAGUGGUUGGUCGCUAACGACAAAGACGCGAGCCAAGUCCCUCGGUACAAGCCUUUGCCCAUGCGGGCCAUAUCGCAUCUUGCCGGUCAACUCCUUGCAUUUGGCAUUGAGGCCGCAUUAUGUAAGACCAUCACGGAGGGCGGCACGUGGGAGGUUCACGUCUCUUUGGAGUCUGUUGCUCUCUGGUUAAGAGCUAUGGGCUCGCUCACUCCAGAGGAGGCGUAUGACGAGGGUGAACCACUUCCUGAACGUACCUUCCCCCUUGCGGAGGAGGUUGCCGGCUACAGCAUUACUGUUGAGCGCGACGACGGCGACGUGGACUCACCCGACACCGAGCAACCGACUGGCUCUACAAUGACGGUCAUACGGCACGCUGCUGAGAUGGAAGCGACGAGGAUCAAGGAGGGAAAGGCACCUAUGCGCUUGAACGCCCACAAGCCGGAAUGGUUACCUCGCCCGGCCGCAUAG